AUGACUUCAUAUGCUAAGUUCCUAAUAGAAGUCCUAUCGAAUAAGAAGAAAAUAGAAGACAACGAGACCGUAACACUCACUGCCGAAUGUAGUGCAAUAAUUCAAAAUAAAAUGCCACCUAAGCUGAAAGACCCAGGAAGUUUCUCCAUACCCUACAAUAUAGGAAAAUUUGUCAUAGACAAAGCCCUGUGCGAAUUAGGAGCUAGUAUUAACCUAAUGCCUUUGUCCAUUUGCGAGAAACUUAACAUGGGAGACCUAAGACCAACCAAGAUGUCAGUACAACUUACAGACCGAUCUGUUAAGUAUCCUGUAGGUGUUCUUGAAAACAAACCCGUCCGCAUCGGACAAUUCUACAUCCCUACGGACUUCAUAAUUAUGGACACAAAGGAAGACAUCAAUACCCCUAUAAUCUUAGGAAGACCCUUUCUAGCUACCGCUGGAGCUAUUAUAGACGUCAAGAAAGGCAAGUUGACAUUCGAAGUAGGGGAGGAGAAGGUCGAGUUUAUUUUAACACAAUUCCUUCAAGCCCUAGCUAUAGAAGAUACAUGCUAUCUGGUGGAUGUUAUUGAUGGAUGUGUAAGAGAGAUAGGAUUAUCGAAAGAAUCUUACUCUGAAGUUAUAAAGAUUCCGAUGCCCCUGAUUUUCGAAGAUGACAAUUGGCGUCCGGAAUAUCAAGAUGAUAGUUUAAGCGAAUGCUUAGCUUUAACACCCAACCCUAUGCCUUUCCCUAAGAAACCAACCUUGGACCUUAAACCAUUGCCCAAUACUCUUAGGUAUGAAUACUUAGACGAUGAGCUCAGAAGACCAGUAAUAGUCAACGUAGAGCUAGGAGCCAUAGAGACCGAGAAGCUAUUACAAAUGUUAAGGAAGUAUCCAUCUGCGUUAGGAUAUAACAUUGUUGAUCUGAAAGGAAUAAGUCUUUCCAUAUGCAUGCAUCGCAUCAUGUUGGAAGAAGACUGCAAAACCUCUAGGGAACAUCAAAGAAGGAUUAACCCUAUCCUGAGCACAGUAGUUAAAGAUGAAGUCACCAAACUUCUGAAUGCCGGAGAUAUAUAUCCUAUCUCCGAUAGUUAA